AUGUGCCAUUCCAGCAAGAGACAAGCAGGCCCAUCGCCGGCCCACUGUCACCAGUCGACCUGGUCUAGCGACCGAGGCAACUGCCACAACAAUUCCAUGCUUUCUGGCCAUUGCAAGCAUGCAGAUACCCUCCCUCCGAACCAGCAUUGCACUUGCAAAGAAUACGAGCAAGACUACUAUCUUCAAGCAUAUUCCCGCCGACCCCCUGGAACAGUGCACCCUGCCAUCGGCAUCCCACUCAGCAUCGUGACCUGUGGCUUGUCAUGUGCUGCAUUCGGCAUUUAUAGGGGCGUCAAAGAAAACAGAGCAGCCAAAAUGCACGCCAAAGCACAGCAGGCAAUGUCGCAGGCUCGACAACCAGUUGUGACAGAGCAGGUCACAGACGCAUACGCCAGACCGUCGCCUGUGGCGCUGAAGGCGGAAAUGGCCGGCGACGACUUUGUCGAUGCCUCAUAUGGUAGUGAACGAGGACAUUCGAUCUCGACAGACUUGUCGGCUGCUUCGUACAUUUCCUCGUCAAUGCGCAAAGUCGACAAUGUCUCUGAGGCUGACGGUAACCCCCUCACUCCGCCGCCCGGAUACAAUGAGAAGGUGUGGGACAAGAAUUUGUGA